CAGUUGCAGUACUAAAAAUAUCUGUCACAUGAAACAAUGAACCCUUCUCAUGAACUUAGUUCCUCGUGACAAGCCUUAUCACAUCAUGUCCAGUUCUCACAUGUUUCAUAUUACAGUUCUGUCUUAUUGAAUUAUCUCUGACAGUUACAAAGUCUUUUUGUGAGAAACUUGGCAUUAUCAUUUUCUUAUCUCUUGUUUUUUAAAUAGAAUUGCCAAAAAUUUGUAAGAAAAUUUUCGGUUUCAGUAUGAAAUGCUUUAAAACAGUUAAUAACUUCGGAAUGACCAGCCGAGAAAUAUUGAUAAAGAAUAUUCAAAAGAAAUUCGGUGAUAAUUCGUGCCAGUUACCUGUGAUAUGUGUGUGAAAUUUGAAAAUGUGACCUGAUGACAGACUAACCACUGUUCGGCCAGGUAGGGAUGACCUGAUGCUAUGAAGAUGGAACUGAGUUAUUCACAACUGAAGAGUUCUAGCGAGGCACGAGAGUCGGAGGAGAUUAGGAACGAGACAAGGAAAAGAAGUCUCAUUCUCCUCAUUCACAGUUAUUUAAAUGAGCAGGGCUUUCUCAAUGCAGCUUCAGCACUGAUAGACGAGUCUAACAUCUCCCUGAAGAAAUAUGCUCUCUGCGAUAACAUGGACCUCGAAACUGUUUUACAUGAGUUCAAUGCUUAUUACAACGUUAAGUUUGGGAGGAAUCCUAAAAUAGUCAAGAAAAUGGACACCUCCCACAGCAAGACCAACGGACAUGCUCAGAGCAACGUGUCAAGAAAACAGUCCGGCAACUUGCCAAGCUUAUUAACAGAAAACCUUCAAGCCAGGGCCAAACUAACAGGAUUUGGUGCCCUCAGAAACAAAACGUACGACAAAAAACCACCGUCUCCAGAAUCUCGGAUAUCAGAAGGAAACAGUCCAGCUCCGAAAAAACAGGAAAAGAGGAGGAUUAAAAGCGCAGAGAAGAAGGAGGAUCGUGGUAACCAUGGUAACGAUAAUAGUGUGGAGCAGGAUGCUGCUAAGUUCGAUAUGGGACUAACUGGUACAGCAGUAUCCCAGAAGAAGGCAGAUAAAAAAGGGAACUACAAGACGAUAAUAGACGUUAAGCAGAUGUUGCAUGAUACUAUACAUGAUCCAAACCAGGGGUCAUUGUUGAAUGGGUGUGACGAUAAGUUACUGAAACCACUCGCUCAGUUUGCUAACAGAGACAUGCGUGAGUUAGCAGCAACAAUAUCACGCGACAUCUAUCUCAAUAACCCUAAUGUGAGGUGGAGUGAUAUAUUCGGGUUGGAGGCUCCAAAGAGAAUCAUGAAGGAGGCUGUUGUGUACCCCAUUAAAUACCCUCAACUCUUCACUGGUAUAUUGUCGCCGUGGAAAGGAUUAUUGUUAUACGGACCUCCCGGCACAGGAAAGACACUCCUAGCUAAAGCUGUAGCUACUGAAUGCAACACAACAUUUUUCAACAUCUCCGCCAGCAGUAUCGUCAGCAAAUGGCGCGGAGACAGCGAGAAACUAGUCCGCGUACUAUUCGAACUAGCCCGAUACCACGCACCCUCCACCAUAUUUGUGGACGAGCUUGAAAGUCUCAUGUCACAGCGUGGCAGUACAGGCGGAAACGAACACGAAGGUUCCCUUCGGAUGAAAACAGAACUCUUAGUCCAAAUGGACGGAUUAGCAAAAUCAGACGAUCUAGUAUUCCUGUUAGCUGCCAGUAACCUUCCCUGGGAAUUGGAUCACGCUAUGCUUCGGAGGCUAGAGAAACGUAUUCUAGUGGACCUACCCACUGCAGAGGCGAGGAAGCAAAUGUUUAAACAUCACCUGCCUCCUAAGAUUGCUCAGGAGGGCGGGGUUAUGAUCGAGUGUAAUUUGAACUAUGAUAGAUUAGCUGACAUAACAGAGGGUUACACUGGAUCUGAUAUACAGCUGGUGUGUAAGGAAGCUGCUAUGAGGAGAGUAAGGAGUAUUUUUAGUGUGCUGGAGGAAAUGGAGACAAAUCCGGAUAAUCCGAAUAGACCAAAUAAACUGAAAAUAGAUCCGGUUACUACUGCUGAUGUUGAGGCUGCUUUGCAGAGCACUAAGCCCUCUGCGAGGAACUUGCAGCCUAAGUAUAAUGCUUGGAGAAAACAGUAUGAGAGCGCUUGAUUGAAUUUAAUAUUUUGUUUAAAAAUGUUGUAAAAUACCAUACAUUCCCACCUUUAAGUCCUUGAUUUCUUAUGGACAAAAUGCGUCUCUACUGACAUUAGAACCGAACAUCUGCUUCGUUACAGAUGAGUAAAUUUGAUUUUAUCUCAAAUAAUUGAUUUGUCUAAUAAUGCGGUUUUUCGUCAUGUGGUCAUGAGAUAUGACGAAUGAACAUCCAUCAAUCUACGCGAAUAAGGAUAAUGCAAUCGAGCAACGAAUUUAGAUUCAGUAACUGUAUCUUAAUUUUCGAGAAAAAGCAAAGUAUUCUGCAAUCACCACUUUUUAGUCUCUUACGUGUGUCGUAAUUUUUUCAACUUUUUUUCUUGUGAAUACGUUGUUACUUCAAUUUGUAAAUUAAAAUUUUGCUGUAAAUAUAUGCUCAUCUAAAUUAUUAUUUUGAA